AUGGUUCCCGACUGGUGGGCUGCGUCCAAACUGGGUUGUGGGUACAUUCUGAAUGGACUGCAAACGGCGCUCUGUGACUAUCUGCUGUCUGUGGGAACACGUUGGCAAAGAAGGCUGGAGCUGGAAGUCAGUGACCCCCUGAACCUUCAGGAUGCUGGCAGGACAGCAAAACCCACGAAGCCUGGUGACUCUGUGUCCCAAACCGGACCUGUGCUGCGCAAAAGAUGUGCUCCCGCCCCCAGUCCCAUAGCUCCCAAGACCCCGUUGAAGAAGGACAGCGACACCUCGCUGGGUUUCCUGACGCAGAGGUUUACGGAGCUGCUGAGCCGCACCACUGAUGGGGUGUUGGACCUAAACAUAGUCGCCCAGGAGCUCUGCAUCUCAAAGAGACGGGUCUAUGAUGUCACCAAUGUGCUGGAAGGGAUCAAACUCAUCAAAAAGAAGUCUAAAAACAUGGUGGAGUGGUUGGGCGGUGAAGUGAACGUACACAUGGAUGAGGAGCUGAGGGCUCUGGUUGAGGAGGAGAGGAGGCUGGAUGAGUUGAUCCAGAGCUGCACGCUGCAGGUUCAUCAGCUGUGUGAGAACCAGAGCAGUCAGAGAUUUGCCUAUUUGACUUACGAGGACGUCCAGAGGAUUCCCAGCUUGAAAGAACAGACUGUAAUUGUAAUCAAAGCCCCUGCAGAGACAACACUGGAGGUGCCACACCCUGAAGAGAGCCUCCAGGUCCACCUCAGAAGCACACAGGGGCCCAUUAAGGCCUUCCUCUGCACUAACGACCCAAUCCCUAUGGAGACCUCAGACAGCUCUGGGGCCAGUGGUGCCAGUGGCAGCCACUUUAACACAUCCGCCAAUGGGACCAGCUCUGCCCUGCUCGUGCCUUACCCGGCCUUCGUCCAGGUGUCUGCCAAAGACAAAGCUAACCGUACUUCUGGAUUCAGUCGUACCUUCAACCCGCCGUCCGAGCCGACACGACACACGACACACGACAUGCACACCUCCCUCCAGCCCUCCUCUGAGGAGCAACAGAGCUUUGUCACGCUCACUCCACCUCUAGCGUACUCUGUCGACGGGGAGCAGCACCUGGUGAACCUGGUGGAGGAUCAGGGCAUCACUGACCUCUUCUCCUCUGUCGACCUGGACCAGUCGCACCUUCUCUGAACGGCUGUUAUCAGACAUUUUGGGGGCAGUUUCCAUCUCCUCACCAACGAGGAUAUCAAGAGGAUACAAUAAAUUAACUAGGUGCUGAACUAAAUGUGAACUUUUUUAGUUUUAUAUAUACAUUUGCCAAUCCUGGAGGAUGUGACUGGGAUUUACUGACACUCAGGUAUGUGGUGGCCUGGAAUCUUUUCACGGCUUCCUGGCUGUCUCUAGGACUUGGACUGACAUGCAUGCUGUUAUAAAAAAACACAGCUUUUGUUUGUUAGAUUGUUGGGUUUGGGAUGUAGGAGGUGGGGCUGUUUGAGGUACCUAUUUACAGUCAAUGUAUUACCUUCAGUAGAUGUCGGUCGAUGCACCGUCAGUUUGGAUAACAGGCAGAAGUCCCAGCAGGGAAGCUCAGCAUUACAUUGCUAUGGACAGAGGUUGACAUCAGAAUGUAUUUUCCAAAACACUGGUUGGUGCUGGAGGUUUCUGUGAAGUGCUGUAAAGUUUAGUUGAUUCAAACACACAUUAAACACACAUUAAACAUGACUUAAUAGAGACUGUUUCAAACACAAAUCAGCUUCACUAUAACUCACAGCAUUCACAGACAAACACUUGUCUUUAUCUGGACACAUUUUCUCCACAAAUACAACAUGCUAACGUUAUUAGCACAAGCCUAUGGCAUUUUACAUUGUAUAAAUUAGCCUAGCAGCUAGCAGAGAUUUCCUCUGCUCAUAUGAAGCCAGGAUAAAUCACACACAAGACUUAAAAUGCUAUUUUAGUGGAGGCUUUAUUGUCUUCACAAUUUAUUGUUUCUUAUCUGUGAAAUUAAAGUAAAUCAAAGCUUUGUUUCCACUGAGGGAAAUGGUUUCAGCUUACAGAGACAGACAGGAAGUCUGCGUCACUGUGACACUGUGGAUGGCAGGUUGCAGCGUAAGUAAUCUAUGCUCUCACCAUUAGUUUACUGACCGUCAUCCACUGACAGUAAUACACUGACUGUAGAAAUGUACCUCAUGCAGCCCCACUGCAUAAAUCCUGAAGUAUUUUAAGUGUCCUUCUCGGAGGUUUGGAGCAUUGCUGUCUCAGCACAGGACGACUUCUUGACCUUUGACUCUUUCUCUGGAAAGACGACAUUUUGUAUUGUGAUCACAAUGGAGCAGUUUAGACGCUCAGUUAGGUGAUUUAAAGCAUUAAAGUGUAAAGAACCUUCA